GACAGACCGGUGGAAGCGACAAUUUUCAUUUAAAAAAAAAAAAAAUCCAGGCUAUGACGCGACAUGACGUCACGCGUCUUCAAACGUGUUUCACAGACUAUCCUGACCGUGACAAAGAGAAGCGUGUCGGUCACGAGUGUCGCAAAGGCUCCGAGUUGGGACCGCGAUGGAGACAGCGGGGUCACGUUCGGCUUCGGUGUCGGGACAGUGACGUGUGAAUCCUGAGGCAGACGAAAGCGCCAGUCAGACGGAUCUGGGCUCUGGAGGUUCGUGAUGUCCCUGGGAACUUCCUUCCAACCGAAUCUGCAGCAGCUGGUUCCGGGAGCACCAGGAGACCCGGGUGGCGUCCUCUCCUUCUCCCUGCAGUCGUGUCGCCCCCUACUGAGUGACUACGGACCUCCAUCCCUGGGUUUCUCCCUGGUCUCCCUGGCCAGUCAGGUGCCUGAGAACAAGUACUCAGAGCUGCUGUCCAUCAUCGAGGAGCUCGGGAAGGAGAUCAGGCCGACUUACGCCGGGAGCAAAAGUGCGAUGGAGCGACUCAAACGAGGUCGGAAUCUUGCACGCCCGCGGCCUGGUGCGUGAAUGUUUGGCAGAGACGGAGAGGAACGCUCGCUCCUAGCCAGGCCCCUCCCACUUUUCACCUGACCCCACCUGCUUUCCUGUACGUGAAGGGAGGGGCUCGCCAGAGAUUGACUGCUGGUUGUUUUGGUACAUGGACGUCUUUGUAUCUUUUUGUUACUGCGCCCAAUAAAGUGUAUUUUCAACAGUU